GCGCCGCGCCAGCAGACAGUCAAGACCGGACCCUGGGAAUAAAAAAACGCGCAGCCCCGUCUGUUUGAAGAUUAUUUUAUUGCAGCGAGAGAGGUGGAAAUGAUUGGCUGCCUGCUGGAAAAGGUGUGUUUAGGCUGUUUAGGUGAGAGCAAAGGAAUUCUCUCUCUGCGGUGCAUGAAUGGGCAAUUUAUUUUGCUUCCACAAGUCAGAGGCAUCAAAGAGUCUAAGCAUCAAACGACUGAGGGUAUAGUCACUAAGCAAAGGUAUGGCCAGUAGGAAGUAGGGGAAAGACAGAGGCCUAAUGUGUUCAAUUUGCAGAAAGUCCCUGUAGUGUAAGUGUUUCUAGUUCCCCUCCCCCCUUUGAAAUCUUUCAAAAUGUCACAUUUCUAAAUCUGGACCUAACUCAGUUUUUCUUCUGCUCUUUAGCCCCCAGGAUGUCUCUUUUGGUUUCUUAGGUCUCAGUCUGAGUUGUUUAUCGAGCCCUGCAGCUCACGUUGAUGUGUGUGUUGCAUGCGAAACAAACACUAAAGGUGCUGCAGGAUCGCGCAGUAGAUCAGGGCGCCGCAAAGUCAUGGAAAUGAAGGAUCUCUAGUGAAGGCGUUGUGUAGGUCUGAGCACCCAGGUAGCCUGCAGUUCAAGGUGCUGAGCUGAUCUCCAAGGAUAAGUGGAAUGGAUGUUUUCAAAGCAAAAACUUGGUGUUUUCAUGGGUUAAGCGCUACACCCAUAUCCCUCUUAACACAAGAUGAAUGAGGUUUAUAUCACCAUACACUGUUCUCUGAAAGUUAAGCCUCUUUGGCUUCAACAUUUAUACACAAUAAGAAUGUAAACAAAGCUCACAGGCCGGCAUUUGAAAAGUUAUGAAACCCUCUUAUGUUUUCUUGUAUUUGUAGCAAAUUCAAUAGAGGUUUGGAUGGGAACUCUGAUUUUAGCAUUUGUAAUGACAGUCUUUUUGUUUUUUUUGUACUUUUAUAUUUGUGUGUAGUUGGCUGUGUGGGGCGCCAAGAAUGUGGUGCUAGAGGAUGUACAACAGCAUAAUGUAAGCAGAGAUUUUCACUCAGACUGAUGCAACUGCAAGCAAGUGAAUUUCUUUCCUCAAGUUGAUGUCUGUCACUUGAAAAAUACCUCCUCUUUCUCUCCAAUGCACUGCAAUUACAUAACAGAACAGCAAGAACAGUGUUUAAACUGGAGUCAGGUUGAAGGAGGGUAGCCAUUGUUGCUUUGGCCUUUCUCUGUCGUUCACAUGAAUAGUCAAAGGGUUGAAUAACGCUUUAUAUAAGUUAAUGACCUGUGUUCUGUAACCAUUACAUUUUUUUCGCACAGCUGCAACCCACUUAGUUGUUUCAGUCUGUGUGAUUUCUCUCAUUAGGAAGUACCUGUAUUGUGCUUUCUUUUGACAGGCAUGUUUUCUUGACAAGACUUUUUCCUCCUCUUGCAGGUGAAAAUAAAACACAGAGAUUGACAUACAGUGACCCUGGUUUGAUGGACUGAUAUUAUUUUAGUGGAAUGUGGAAGAUGUUUAGCUUCUAAUAGUUUUGAGACAGGUUAUUCUAAGAGCAAUGAGGAAGUUAUUCCCGUGUUUCAUGAGGACUCGUGAUGCCAAGCGCAUCCGUCCCCAUCUAACCUCAGGCCUAAUCUGGAUUCUCCGCUUUCUGCCCACAUAGACUUGCGGUUUGCUGUUGGCCCAAUAAAACCUUCAGGUACGCCUGGUUGAAAUGGGGUCAGGGAAGGGGCAGGAUGAUGCUAGCCAUUGUGUGUUUGCGUGUGUGCAUGUGUGACUGACUGGUAACCUAGAACAUGUUAUCCAAGGGGUAGUGUUACUGAGCAGUGCUUGUGUAUCAGGAACAGAAGCUGGAGCGGCUAUACAGUUACACGGACAAAACAAUGCAGCUCUGGAAAAAGUGUGUGAGCAUGUGAAAUAGAGGCGAAGAAUAAGAAGAGAGCUUCAGGUAGGGCAGUUCAGUGAAUUUCUCCAUGAAUGUACGUCACAAUGAUGAUGACAGACCAGAUUCCACUGGACUUGGCUCCGCCCCCCCUCCUGAACGGGGAGGUCCCUCUCAUGUCUCACAUGGUUAACGGUGAUGCAGCGCAGCAGGUGAUCCUGGUGCAGGUGAACCCGGGGGAGACGUUUACCAUCCGGGCAGAGGACGGCUCACUGCAAUGCAUCCAGGGUCCUGCUGAGGUUCCCAUGAUGUCCCCAAAUGGGUCAAUCCCCCCCAUCCAUGUACCCCCAGGAUACAUCUCACAGGUGCUGGAGGAUACCACAGGGGUCCGUCGGGUGGUUGUGACCCCCCAGUCUCCAGAGUGCUACCCUCCCUCCUACUCUCCAGCCCUCUCCCCUACGCACCACCUGCCCCCCUACUUGACUCACCCUCACUUUAUCCCAAACUCUCACUCUUUCUACCCCCCUGUAAGCCCCGGGGAGCUGCCCCCCCAUCAGUACUACCAGCACCACCUUCCCCCCAUGUACGGCGAUCCAGAAAUCAUCCCAGUUUAUGGGAUGUCUAACUUCAUAGGCAGAGAGGAGACAUACAGUAAGCCACAGCCCAAAAAGAUAAAGGAGAGACAACUAGAGCGACAGAACCGACUUAACUCCCCUCCCUCCACUCUCUAUAAGGGCAGCCUGGGGCCAGCACACAACGGAUACAGCAACAAAUCACACGCCCCAUCGCUUGGGUCAGUGGGUUCGGGGGGCGGAGUCAGCAGUCCAGGUGGGAAGAAGCCAGAGAGACGCCUCCGCAGCAGUCCACGAAACAGUGAACCAGAGACACACACACAAGAUCAUGAUUCAGAGGGGAAGCGUAUUCAAGACAUGCUGUCUACAAUCGACAAACCACAGGUGUCCAAUGUGCAGGCGCGGGCUGCACGACUGUCCUGGGCCCCCCCGGCAGGGCUGGUGAACAGGCAUGGUAACGGGAUGCCUGUGUCCUGCUCCUUCGAGGUCUCUCUCUCAGAUAAGGGACGAGACGGAAAGUAUCGCCUUAUUUACAGUGGCGAAGAACUGGAGUACCAUCUGAAAGACCUAAGGCCAGCGACAGACUACCACGUACGGGUGUCUGCGAUGUACAACUCAGUGCGAGGCUCGUGUUCAGAGGCCGGCUCUUUCACCACACACUGCAGCAUCCCCGACGUCCCGUUAUCCCCGAAACUCUCCCACCGCACCAAGAGCACCCUCACCCUACAGUGGAAGCCCCCAGGCGACAACGGAUCCAAAAUCACAAACUACCUGCUCGAGUGGGAUGAGGGAAAGAAGAACAGUGUUUUCAGAGAAUGUUACUUUGGGAGCCAGAGACACUGUAAGCUGACACGACUGUACCCCGCCUGUGGCUACACGUUCAGAGUGGCUGCACACAACGACAUUGGCAGAAGUGGCUUCAGCACAGAGGUGGUGUUUUACACCAUGGGCACCCUGCCUGCUCUGCCUCUGGCACCACGGCUGGUCAGGGCGGGGGUGUCCUGGGUGACUCUGGAGUGGGGGCGUCCUGAGGGCAGUCCGAGUGAGGAGCAGCUCAAAUACACACUUGAGAUCCAGGAGGACAACAGCGGAACAGACUUUCAUCCAAAGUACACUGGAGAAAACUUGACCUGUACUGUACAAGGCCUGAAGAGGAGUACACAGUAUAAAUUCAGGCUCAUAGCAUCGAACAUGGAGGGAAAGAGCAGUCCCAGUGAAGUGUUGGUGUGCACCACCAAUCCAGACAAACCCGGCCCUCCAUCUACACCCUGUGUCACUGCAGCGACGCCCUACGGAUUUACCGUCACAUGGGAUCCUCCCCAGGACAAUGGGGGCUCAGAGGCUCUUACGUACCUGCUAGAGAUCUCAGAGGGGUGCUCUGAAGCGAGCCAGUGGGAUGUAGCGUACAGUGGUCCAGCAACAGAAUGUGUGUGUGAGCACCUGACACCUGGGACCUUCUACCGCCUACGUGUGUGUAGCAUCACCACCGGAGGACACAGCCCUUGCACUGUCGGUGUUCCGGUCCGUACAUUAAGUGUCCCGCCAGGGCCCUGCCAGCCGCCGAGGAUUGUGGGUAAAGCCAAACACAAGGAAGUGCAGUUAGAAUGGGACGCUCCUGUAUCUGAGGGAGUAUGUGAGGAGUGUGUGUUUAGCCUGGAGAUGAGUGAGGGGGACACCAAGCCAGCAGAGGUUUACCAUGGGUCAGAGCUGCAAUGCACCGUUGGUAGUCUGCUACCUGGUGCCACAUACAGCUUCCGACUGCGGGCUGCCAAUGAGGCUGGGUUCGGAGCGUACUCUGAGCCAACAGAGGUGACGACUGCGGCAGGUCCUCCUGGCCAGUGCGGGGCGCCACUCAUCAAUCUCACCAACAACACUUGCGUAACGCUCAACUGGGAGAGUCCUGAGGGUUCGGGUACAGACAUCUCUGAGUAUCGUUUGGAGUGGGCGAGGGAAGACGAACCCAUGGAGCUGAUCUACUGUGGAUCUGCCACACAGUGUGAACUGUCAGACCUGACACCUGCCACAGAUUACUGCUGCAGGCUACAGGCGGUGAAUCAGGCAGGUGCUGGUCCUUACAGCGAGCAGGUGAGUUUCCGGACCCCGGCGACAAAUCCUGACCCGGUCUCCUCCCUCACCCUCCUGGAUCUCCCGACCUCCUCGGAGUCAGGUCACUCCCCGUCUACCUGCCUCCUCCUGAAGUGGGACGAGCCGAACAGCAACGGGGCGGACAUCAGCUCCUACGUCAUCACCCUGGACGACCAAACCAUCACUGUGGAAUCAGGGACAAGUCACCUUGUCACAGACCUGCAGCCAGACAGCGAAUACAGUGUACAGAUCCAGGCAGUGAAUGACAUUGGCUCCAGUCCCCUGAGUCCACCCCUGCUGGCAAGGACACGCCCCCUCCCUCCAGCCCCACCCCCUCUCGAAUGCUCAGCGGCUGGCCCUCAGAGCCUGAAGCUGAAGUGGGGCGAAAAUGCCAGCAACACACACACUCGGGCCCUGCUUGCUGAUGACAUGGUCUACACACUACAGAUGGAGGACAAGAACCACAGGUUUGUGACGAUUUACCGUGGUCCCAGCCACACAUACAAGGUCCAGCGAUUGACCGAGUCCAGCAGCUACAGCUUCAGAAUACAGGCCAUCAGUGAUGCUGGGGAGGGUCCUUUCUCUGACACACACACCUUCUGCACCACCAAGUCUGUACCCCCUGCCCUCAAAGCUCCCAGAGUGCAACAGCUGGAGGGAAACAUGUGUGAGAUCACAUGGGAGACUAUCCCACCAAUGAGAGGAGAUCCGGUGAGCUACGUGCUCCAGGUGCUGGUGGGACGUGAGUCAGAAUACAAACAGGUUUUUAAGGGAGAGGAGGGCAUGUUCCAAAUCUCUGGACUCCAGGGCAACACGGACUAUCGUUUCCGCGUGGGCGCCUGUCGCCGUUGCCAGGAUACGUGCCAGGAACUGUGCGGACCAAUGAGCCCCUCCUCCUUUUUCACGCUGCGUCGCCAGGAGAUGGCAUCAUCGGGAGAGAUGUGCGCUGUGGAAACGGGCAAAGGGGCAGGCCUGAUCUCAAGCGACGAGCGCUUCGCUGCGCUCAUCGUGUGCGUGUUCGCAGGCUUCUCCAUCCUCAUCGCCUGCUUGCUACAGUACUUCUUCAUGAAGUGAGGGAAUUUUAACUAUAGGAUAGAAAGAGAAAGCAAAAUCACAGAGUCUAUGAAAGAACUGAAUGAAAUCAAAACAAACACUUGAGAUAUACUUCUAAGGCUAUGUAUGUUUUUUUUUUUUUUUUUUGUCAAAGUAUCAAGUCUGGCUGUGUUCACUUUGUUCCUGUUGUCUUCUGCCUUCACUCAGUUUGGUCUCAUUUCUCUCUAUGUGUCUGCUGUCUUUGUAUCAUUGUCUGUCUCAUUUGUUAAGGAUUUCUGUCGAGGGAAGCCUUGUCUUAGCUGUACCUCCGUUGGGAAAGAAAACUGAUAAUCAAGCCUUAAAAUAGCUGUGAGCAAAGCAGUUGCUCCUCAGACUGACUUGCAUGUUUUUAUUUUGUAUCUUUUUUAAACAUAUUCGAUUAGAGAACGUGUAUAUUUCUUGACAGUCAUGGCCUUUUUUUUUUUUCCUAUGUGUAAUUUCCAUUUUUUUUUUUUUUUUUGCUGCAGUCUUUAUUAAUUUCAGCCAUAUUCCAAUGUAGGCCUUUAAAGCUUUAGCCGUUCAUACCUUAUUAUUCAAUUUGUUACCGCUCUACAGGCUGUCGGUCAAUUCAUGCAAUCUGCACCUGCUCUCACACACAAACUGAUAAAGACACAGUGCACAUUUACGUUCACAUACAUGCACACAUGUACAAUUACACUCAUGCAAUGACAGUGAGAAACACAUUUCCUCCAAUCACAUAUCUGCUCAGCUUUUAAUAUUCAAUCAUUCACUCAUUCAGCUACCAAAGUGAUGCAAUUCAUGUGUGGUGUAAGAUGCUGCUAUCCUGUGAUUUUAUUAUAUCUCAGAAAGAACGGAAAACCAGUAAUCUAAUAUAUAUAUAUAUAUAUAUACACACAAUAUAUAUAUAUAUAUAUAUAUAUAUAUAUAUAUAUAUAUAUAUAUAUAUAUAUAAUAACAAAUAUAUAUGAUGCUAUAGAAGUGAUGUAAUAUAAGUGAUGGCAAUGUAAGGUCUGAACUACAGUGUGAAAGGGGAGGAGUCGACUCUAGGUGCUCACAAACAGCAGCUCUGAGAUCAGUUCGUGUGAACGGUUGAAGGAGCCCUUAAACACUGGUCUUGGACCAGAAUAUGAACCCUUGUUGGUAUUCGAAUGUUGGGCAUAAACUGGCUUUAGCGUUUAGGAAACCAGACUGGGAUUGUGAUUGGCUGCAGCUUACCAGGAAAGGGCUGGGCUGAGCAUUUGAUUGGCCCUCAGUCAGUCCUUCUAUAUUCUACCAUCUCACGUACCAUUGCUCCAGCCUGUUUAUGUGUAGCUUUAGUAGCGAUAUGCCCGUAGCGUCACAGACCCAGAGGUGCUAACAGCCUGCCAGCUAGCCGCCCUUCUCAGAGCUGUGUGUGUUAACCAGGAAAGCCAUUAGGAGUUAGCUUGAGCUUUAACCCCACCCCCUGACAUUUAGCAAGCCACCAGCCAGAGCAGUGCUGAAGCUGUAGUUUCUCCUUCCACCCAGUCUGUGAAUCGAUACGUUUGAAGACUCUUCUCCUCUUUUCUCCUCUCAUCGCCAUAAUUUUCUGUAAUUACCUUUUGCUCUGGCUGCUCCUCUCUCGCUUUCGAUCCAUCCCAUCUUUCUGCCCAUGCACUACUCUCUCUCCCUUCUUCUCUCUCUCUCUCUCUCUCUCUCUCUCUCUCUCUCUCUCUCUCUCUCUCUCUAUUAAAAGGUGCUUUAUUGACAUGUAAUCAGAGCAGACGAACAUGUUCUCUGGGGACUUGAACUAAUGUUCGCUAACCAAACAAGCCUUUGACAGAACACAACUCAACAGAACAGGGCAUUCUGACACAUAACAUGUAACACCCCCUCCGCCCCCGACCUCACGCCUGACUCCUGGAACCCCCUUUAUCCCAACCCGGAAAACAAAGCCAAGGUACAGCCCAAUACAUACCCUGAUGAUCCAAAGAAGUCACCCUGACCUGCAUAAUUAAUGUGUGACACGUCUACUUUUGUCAGGUGGGGUGCAGGGGGAAGAAGGACUGGGUGGGAAAGGGGGUUAAACAAGAGGGGUGGGGCAAUAGUUUAGCCCUGCUGCUCAGCUCUGAUUGGCAGCCUGUAACGUACCUCAGGGAUAAGGCCUUACAGAGGGGAGAUCUAAUGUCAUCCCCAUCGCUGUCAUCACCGUCAUUAUAAUAGCCUCUCUUCCUCUGUUUCUCUCUGUCUUCCUCCCCCUCUUUUAUCAUUUUCUUUCAUUUUUUUGAUGCUGUAUCUUGUCCUCUGUCUAUGCUGUGCCUUGCUCCUGUAUGUCAGUAAGCAAAGUGGUUUACUAGCUCAAAAUACCUUUGCCAAAGUUGAUGGGAAAGUUAAGGUAGAGUUCUUUUCUAGGUUUUAUUUAUACUAUAUAUUUGCAUACAGUACUUUACAUGCCAAUUACAGUGCAAUCUUCAUUUAUUUAUUGUUUAAAGAUUAAGAGACAAGUGUAGUUAUAUACUAAUUUUUUCCCUUGUAGCAUGUUUUUUUUUUUUUUUUUUUUUUUUUUUUUUUUUUAAUGGAUGUAUGUUAGAUUGUAUGAUUAAGGCCAGCAUUCCUUAUCUCAGUAACCCUUUAAGUAUUUCUCUUACAGCUGUUGGGAACCUGUAGCUCAUCAGUCCAUGCAUUGCAGUUAUCAUUGCCGUUUCAAACAUGUAACCAAAUGCCUAUGUGUUUCUUUUUUUGUUUUCAUCUCCUGAAUCGGCCAUGCACAGCCGAGCAGUUCUUGUUAUGCUUAGAGAGACAUGUAGCAAAGCCAGGCCUUAGGGUCAAGUCAUCUGUAUUGGGAUAAACGUUGCUGCCUUUGGCUUUUUUUUUUUUCCUGAUUAGUGUUAUAAUGAAGCUUCUGAUAUCUUUUUACUGUUUUAUUGCCAAAGUGCAGGCUUCUCGUGUCCACUAGAUGUUGCGUUUGCAGUCGUCUAAAAGGUUAUGUGAUGAUGUUCUGUAACGACACAGCAUUACGAUUAUUAUUAUUGUUAUUAUUAUUCUCUCAAAAGGAAAAAAAAACAUUAACUUGAUCUGUGAUUAUGCUUCUUUUCAUAUUAUCUUUUUAUUAUUUUGUUUUGUAAAGCAAAAUGUGCCAUUUUGAAAUGUGUAGCCCCUUUUGGAGGAGAGUAACACAACCUGAUCUCACACAGAAAGGUUAAAAAAAAAAGGCAAAAACAAUCAUACGAUGAUUUCAGGCAGAUGAUGACAAUAAUAAUAUUGACGAUUCCUUGUUCAGGUUAGUGCUGGUAUAGCAGUAGUGAGUAUUUUGUAUCCAGUAUUUUGCUAAGAGAUGAUAUACAGAGAUAUCUAUAGAGCUAUAGAAUGAGAUGGUAAUACAUUAUGACUAACAGAGUUGAAGCACUUUUUUUAUGCCGAGCAUUAGUCUUGAUGAGGUUAAUAUGAGUGAGAGGAGACACGAGGUCCUUCGCUCUUUUCCAAACACUACUGCCAACGUCGUCUGUUACAUUCAUUGGCAUUAUUCUGUCGUUGGCGUCACUGUGACAUUGGCAUUACUGGAGCAUGGUGCUGUGCUUCUCAAAUGGCACCUUGCUCCCUGCAGAAUGCAAACUACAGCAACAAAAGAAGUACAGUUCAUUGGGAGCACGGUGCCUCUCUCAGACGUGCUCAUGGCGUCUACCUAGCCUGUUGCAUUGUAGUCAACAGGUGAUGUGUCGGGUGUGCUGUCCUUAAACCCCUGAUGUUAUAUUGCCCACCCACAGCCCCCUGAUUGCCCUUUUUUCAAGCCUUAAUGCCCCCAGUAAGAGAGCAGAGGUUCACCUUGUGUUUGGCCGAGCUCAGGCCAGUCAUGUUAGUGUUGUACAGUCCGAGGUUAACACAGUGUUAACUUAAAGGCUGUGCAUUUGUGGGCAGGGUACUCCCUUUAUGUGCUUUGUUGUUUUUGUUUUGUUAUUUUCAAAAUGCUGGUGAUUUUAUAGACACCCCGCCCUUCCCACCCACUCACCCAUCCUGCAGGUCCUGCACAUUUGGCGGGCAUGUCAAGAAUGAGAGACAAUUUGUUUGCCCAGCAACCCCACGUCUGUGCCUUCUGAUCAGUUUAUUUUCUUCUUUUCAUUUUUUUUUUUUUUUUGUUAUGUUUUGUAUGUUUUACAGUAAGUAGAGAUUUUGACUGAGAAUUUGGCGAUUUGACAAACAUACAGAGACUCACAGGUAUUUAACUAUUUUUUAGACAAAAAAGAAACAUAUUUUUACCUCACGAUUUAAAAACAAACAUUCCAAUGUUGUCAUGGUCUACGAAUUGAGAAAAAGAAAAGAAAUUCAUGCAUUUCUUCUUGUAUUGUAAAUGUUAGACAAUUUCAUAUGCAUUAUAUAAAAGAAACUGCCAUAUCAAUUUUAAUGUAUAGAUUUUUGCAAAUACUACCCUAUGUAUGUAAGACGUAACUGUAUCGGUAGCGUAUAUAUAAUAUAUUUAUGCCCAAUAAAUGUUUUGAUUUUUUUUCUGA